AUGUCUGACAAACUUGAUAUGGCCGAGACUGAGAGAUUCGGUAAGUCAAAACUGAAGAAGAUGGAAAUGCAAGAGAAAAAUUCACUACCUUCCAAAGAGAUGGUUGAACAGAAGCGAGCAAGCGAAUCGUAA